AUGUCUGCAGAAUCCACCGCGCAGGACGCGCCCCAACUGAACUCGGAAAAGCAAUUCGACCAAGAUGAAUCUUUCUUUUCGAACAUCCUCGCGCCAGGCUCGUCUCUCCACCCAACAUUCCUCGCCAUCGUUGACGGUUCCCUUGCCCUUCUUCUCGUUACUUUCAUUGCCGCCCUCUACUUCACCAACGGAAGCAUACACUUCAUAGUUCUCAUCGUCAUAGAGCUUGCACUCUGGGCAACGAUUAAAUGGUUCGUCAACGAGCUUAAGCAAGUGCAAGAAGUAGACGAAAACUCUCAAGAGAAGAAAGACCAGUAA